CGGGCAGUUUUGGGUAUGCAAAUAAUGUGCCUUCGCACGGCGCGAAUGAUUAUCGAGGUAGAUAGUGUAUACUCGUAAAGAGUGUGGUGGGAAAAGAAAUUCCCUGAAAAGCUCAGCAGUAGCAUUAAGUGAAAAGCAGUCGUACGCUGAACAUCACAGUGAAAACAUCUGGCUAUUUUCCAACCACCUGAUAUUGCAGUUUCACUCUCGUGCUCCUCCAUCAAUUGUCUGCAGAGAAAAUUAUCCCAAUCACUGAAUCAUCUAAUUGUUAUUUAAAUGCAUUAUAUUCAAAGUGGGUGGUUGGUGGAGUGAAAGUGAGGGAAAAUGGUGCUUCUCUUCAAUAAGAUUUUCCCGUGAAAAUCUCUAAAAAAAAUUUGGAGAAAAAUAGACAUUUAUUUUUAACUGAAAUUCUCUUCUAAUUCCCAACUGAGAGACAAGCGCGACAAGAGGAUUUUAAAGCAGUGCAAAUUUUGCUGAUAUAGCUCUGUGAUAAGAGUGUCUUAGGAAAUCAAUAAAAAAAAAAAUCGGACGUGCUCGACCUUUGAGUGUUUUCGUGGUAAUUUUCUAAUCCACUGACUUGCAGUUCGGAGUUCAUCCUGACUACACUACGAGACAUAAUGUUGGAAACAAGAAACGAAAUUUACAGGCAAAAAUCCACAGAUGUGGGUAUAUCCAUCAUAGGAGAUUCACACACCUUCCAAAGUCAACCAUCCCAAGUGUCUUCAAAUGUAGAUCUUUUCGGAAACUAUCGUGGACAGGAAAAAACGAAGAUCCUCGGAAUUUCCGAGGAGACCUUCGAUAAACUUACCAGAUUUGCCGCAGAAGUAGCAGGAACUGCUAUUCUUAUAUUCCUUGGCUGUGGCAGUUGUAUCAGUGGACUGGGUCAAGAACCAUCUCCCAUGUUGAUAAAUUUGUCCUUUGGCUUUGCCGUCACAAUCAUCAUUACGAUAUUUGGUCACAUUUCUGGAGCUCACCUAAAUCCCUCUGUGACGAUACUCGCUCUUGUAUUUCGGUCCAUCAGUCCAGUGAUGGCAAUAUUUUACAUAAUCGCUCAAGUUAUUGGAGCAAUUGUCGGCUAUGGUUUUCUCGUGGCCAUUACACCCACUGGUGUCUUUUCCAAAGAAGACGGUCUUUGUACCACCACCAUUCACGAUAAAAUGUCCAUCGGUGAGGCUUUUCUCGCAGAAUUCCUCCUUACUUCAAUACUUAUCUUCACUGUUUGCGGUGUAUGGGAUCCUCGAACGGCUAAACUGCAGGAUUCAUCAUCUAUACGCGUGGGCUUUGCCGUUGCAGUUUUAUCCAUUGUAGGAGGACCUUACACAGGUGCUAGUAUGAAUCCUGCCAGAAGUUUAGCCCCUGCAAUCUACACAGGAAUCUUCGAUGAUCAGUGGUUAUAUUGGGUAGCACCUCCAUUAUCAGCAGUCUGCAUUGCAUAUCUGUACAAAUACGUUUUCUGGCGAGAAGAUUCUGAGAGAAAGAACAUCUAACAGCAGCAAUACACUCAUGGAAUUAUUAAAAAUUCCUCAAACUUGUGUUACUAAUAUUAUGUAAAGACAAAUGUGACUUGAAAGUAAAUAAUAAAUUUCUUAUGCACAAUUGUUGCGUCAAACA